GCCUCAGCAGCAGCGGCGGAUUCAAACUGAAGAUGAAAGAUGGCCGCAGAGAAAGACACCGAUGUAAAUAAACGAGACAGAAGGGGCACAGUAUGCAAGGUUGUGAUCAGUCAAGACACAGAAACAGGGACGGGAGGUGAUUGCGGGCCGCCCAUCAUCUUCAAUCCAGAUUUUUUUGUGGAAAAGCUGCGUCACGAGCGGCCCGAAGCCUUCACCGAGCUCGUGCUGAGCAACAUCACGCGCCUCAUCGACCUCCCGGGUGCCGAAUUCUCCCAGUUACAGGGGGACGAGGAACCCAAGACUCCAACCAGCACCGCGGCAGGAGGCUUUUUUCGCUCUUUCAACUUCCUCAAGCGCAAAGAUAAAGGUGUUGUGUUUGGAAUGCCCCUAACAGAAGAAGGAAUAGCCCAAAUUUAUCAGCUUAUCAUGUACCUCAUCAAAAAUCUUCAUGUCGAGGGUCUCUUUCGGGUUCCGGGGAACAGCCUGAGGCAGCAGAUCCUCCGAGAGCAGCUCAACAGCGGGGCUGAUAUCAACUUCGCAUCCGGUGAGUUCCAUCCCAACGACGUCGCCACCCUCCUCAAAACCUUCCUGGGAGACCUGCCCGAGCCCCUUCUCACCCAUCGCCACUUAUACGCCCACCUGAAAAUUACAGAACUGACAAUGUUUGACGAUCAGGGCAAUAAGACGAGCUUGCCAGAUAAGGAGCGUCAGAUCGAGGCGUUACAGCUUCUUCUGAUGCUGCUGCCCACAGCCAAUCGCACCCUCCUGAAACUGCUGCUAGACCUGCUGUACCACACCGCCAAACAACAGGACAAAAACAAGAUGUCUGCACACAACCUCGCCCUCAUGUUCGCCCCACACGUCAUCUGGCCCAAGAAUAUGAAUGCCAGUGACCUUCAGGAGAAUCUGAAGAAGCUGAACAGCGGCAUGGCUUUUCUCAUCAAACAUUCACAGAAGAUCUUUCGGGCACCGGCUUAUCUAAGAGAACAUGCCCGACUGCAGUUCGCCAACUCCAAAAUCAUUCACUCCAAGGAUGAUUUGGAGUUGUUGUCUGUCAGCGGUUCUCCGUUCACACAGGCGUGUAAGAGGAGCGGUGCAAAAGUGCCUUUAGACUCUGAGAACCACACAGAAGAGGCUCUGAGAGAGCUUUAUCAACACGUCACUGAUAACGUGCCAAACUCCGCAAAGAAGAAAAAGCUUAUCAGACAGCUUGGCAAGCAGUCCACCCCAGGGACUCCAGUCAAUGAGAACACGACUCCUACUAGUAAAAAACACGCUCGCUCUCGAUCCUUCGGGGGUCUCAUCAAGAGGAAAGUUUUGGGUGGUCAGCCGGGGGACAGGAGAGGUCGCCAUGUGUCCCCUACAUCCACAGCUGGACGUUCUGCAGUUCCAGGGAAGGAGAAUGUGAACUGUGAAACAGUGAGCUAAACUAUUCAGGGCACUCCUUCUUCAUUUACAGUGUGAAUUCUGCCUGCGUAGAAGCUGUCAAUUUAGGCAACUGGAGCAUAUAGAGUCUUUAUUUUUAAUGAUUGUAUUUAUUUCUUUUAUCUUCUGUAUUGUUUUAACGUACUAAACGUCGGGACUUAUCCUUACAGAGCUUAAAACUGUUACAUCAGGUUUGCAGGGGUAAACCACUAGUCAGUUUCACUGGGUAGUUUAAACCGACCCAUGAUAACACAAGCAAAGGAACUUGUUUAUAUUUGCAAUGUGUAUUUGUGUAAAUUAAUAUAAUUGUGUAGAAAUACGUUCGCUUAUAUCUGGGCCAUCCGUGAACUUGCAUUAAACUCAGUUUAUACUGUAAUCCAACAUAAUAGAAUAAUAGACUACAUUUCGUCACAAAUAUGUAUUCACUUUAUUUACAAAAUAGUUGAUGUUUGUUUACAUAUAGAUACUGGUUUUAACGCUGUGAGCAUAGAAAGCGAUUUUUAAAAAUGUGAUGUGAUGCUGGAACAGUUGCUUAAAUGGGAUUUACCAUAAACCCAGUGUUGUUUUUAUGGUGCUUUGAGAUCAUAGGCAUCUCUCUAUAAUUUGUUGCUGUUCAUACUCCAUUGUUAUAUUGGGUAAUGCAGACGUGUUUCUAACUGUUUACAUUUUAUUUCAAGUGUUUCGGGCAUCUUUCGGUGGACGUUCAGAAGGUUUUGGCAUGUUGGAAUUGUGAUGGUAUGGGAUAGGUUUUAUAUUUGUUAAAGGUCGGUGUUGAGUGAGUCGAGUCAGUUUUAUUACACUGUAUGCUAAACAUACAGAGAACAUUAUGAGAAGGAUACAGUGGUCUUUGUGUUUAGUGGGCGUGUCGCAUGUGAGUAUGCUGGUGGUUGGACCAAUAGGAAUGAAAGGAAUGAUUGGUUGGUUGUUGCUGGUUUGGCUUCGAGUGUGAUGUUUCCUGUGAAGUCUUGUUCCUCAAGGAGCAAUGUUGUCAUGCUGUGAUGUCACUUCCUGUCAUUGUAAUAUAAUUACAAAAUCACUAUAACUAGUAAAAUAGUGUAGACUGGACUAUUUCUCCUAACGUUUCUCCGAAUGUUUUUUUUUUUUACAAUGUAAGGGCUAAUCCAACAAACACAGACAGUCUCGUUUUGAAUGAAUAACAGUGCUGUUGACAUUUGUCAUGUUUGUUAGUGUUUGUUGGAUAUGUAUGAAUUAGCCUUAAAAACAUAAAGUCAAUGUCCUUUGAUUUCUCUUUUAUGUUUAAAUUUUGGGUGCCCGGCUUAGCAACAGUUUUGUUCCUCAAAUUGUAAGUGUGAAUUUUGUAUAAGUAUGGGGUGUGUGCGUGAUAUUUGAAAAAAGGGCAUAUGAUGCUGUGAUCUUUUGUACAGACGGUACCAUGUGGGGGUUAAGCAGGUUGGCAUCUAAUGGUUCAGCAACACACAUUGGGAAAUUCAUUGAUUUGGCCUAGUAAACCUUUAAAAAAUGUUACAAACGAGUAUUGUCGUAUUUAAAGGCCUAUCUGUUCUUUUUUGUUGCAUUGGUUAGGAGUGCAGUUUUUAAGAAUAGAUUUGUAAUAUCCUGAUGUAUUUCAUCUGUGAAACAUUUGUAUGUUAUCUGCUGUACUGCAAUGGGCGCUUUUUUAUUAAAACUUUUA